AGUUAACUGAUACUAAAGUGGGGUAGCCGAUGAUAAUUAUCAGCUCGAAAGUGGACUCCGGAGGCUACUCUCAUUCCUGUGCGAAAACGAAUCCAUUCUUUCCUAGCCGAAGAAUAAUCGCAUUGUGCCUUUCGAGAAUAUGUAAAUGUGGCGUCUAAUGCAUUGUUAUCACUGCUCUGCGAGAUACAGCGCUGCAAGCACGCAUGCAUGGCGAGGUACCGCUAAUUCAUAAAUGUGGAUGUGUGUGAUGCUACACCAACCGAUUCUGCGAUAAGGAUGAGGCUGCUUUGGUGGCACGGUUCAAGUUUGCACCGGAGGAGGAUUGAGUUGCAAUUUUUGUAGUGCGAACGUGUGUGUGGCAUCACUCCAGAGGUACUUAAGAAGCCACUUUUAUCUUAAGUUCUACAGCUGAAAUGUGAAGUGUAAGAAAGCUGUGUGCACGGUGAAGUAACCCCCCAGCUAAGAAAACCCUUGCUCCUUUUUACUCAAAGUUGCCAUCUACUCUCCUGAUGUAGGCUAUCCAUCAACCAAAAUAUUUUAAACGAACAGAAAAAAGAACAUCGUUCCGCAUCAGGCAUUCCCGCUAAUGCCCCCGGAUACUCAUCUUCCAUACCAUAACUAAUUUCAAAGCUCAAUGAUGCUCUGUGGAACGUCAACGCAGCCCUCAGGCUUACUGCUAACAAUUCUAUCAUUGUCAUUCUAUGGAGCAACAGGUGCUGCUCUUCAAAGAGUUGCUGAUAAUGAUGAUGUUACAACAAAUGUACCAGAUCGAAUUCACCUCAGCUUAAUUCAAAAUCGCACGGAGAACUUCACUAGUUCUUGGAACUCCCAGCAAAAAAUGCGACAAAAUCGAGUUGCUAGGAAUACUCCGCGGGAAGUGAAUGGCACUUUGCCUCACGGCACACCAAGUGAAAAAGGACCCUUAAAUGCGACUGCAAGCUUAGAAUUGAAUCUAGAAAAUGUGAAUUUUGAAAGUGAAGCGAAUCACAGUGCUCUUUUUAUACGUGAAAAUGAAACCGAUGCGAAUAAUUCUUUAGCAAGUACAAAUGUACCUCGCGCAAUAGAGGAAAUUCUAAAAAGCCCCAGAUUCAAGGCUCUCAACGAGUUGCUCCAAUCCCGGUCUGAUUUGCGACAAUCUCUCGACUCAAUAAUUUCUUUGUCUCCGGAGGUCCCUAAUUUAGUAAAAGGCUUCAUAACCCAUUCGCACGUCGACCUAAUGAAGCCCGAGACGUUGAUUGUGAAACACGAGCAGGGCAGUGAGCCUCAAAUUGGGCACAUUUACACGACGAGUCCCACGGUGGAUGGAAUGGUCUACGGCGAGUUGCGACCCUUCGCCAAUCAUGAUAUUGACGCUGAAGGCACUUCCAAUAAUUUUGAAAGUGUCUUCACAAAACCUCCCCAGUUCAACCAACACAACCAUCAGAGCUCCAGUUUUUACAAUAAUAUCCAAAAUAUUCCAAAUACACCUUUAUAUAGUGAAGUGCAUUUGCCCUCAAACGACAACCACCGUCCGCCCUAUUAUGGUCCCGAAACAAUUCACGGUCAUCGCCCUGGUAUCGGAAUUGUCGAGCAAAUUACGAUACCAGCGCCGCAUCGUCCUUUCCGUCCUGCUUUUUCGGCCAGUGUAGUUUCGAGCACCGUUAUUGGCGUCGCAGUACCUCCGCCUCAAAUUCAAUAUAUGGAGCCGAGCGCCGAGAGUGAAACGAAUCAGGACCAUCACUCUGAAGAGUCCGAGUUUGGUCCGGUGCAAGUUAUUGAAGAGUCGCUGGAGGACGAAAUGGUCACCGAGCUGGUGUCCUCCUCGUCCAUACCUUAUCCGACCCAAAAACCAACACCCAACCAAUAUUUUAUUUCGCAAAUCACCGAGUUGACGACGACGAGCGCGCCUCCGUACCACAUUUACAACAGCGUUCCAACCACCAUAAAUCAGGACCCGGCCGGCAACAACUGUCCCAAUGUGACCGUGAUUGUUAGUCCGACCAUCACCAACAACAAUGUUCAAAAUAUUGCGGCGCCGCCACCCGGUCCAACUUACGUUUAUCGACCACCGAAUUAUCCGCCUCCCAAUAUCGGAGGUCAUUACCAGUACAAACCCCCGGGUCAAAUAUCGACGCAGGUCAUCAACGUGCCCUACGACGACGAGUUAACGGACGACGCCGAGUUGGCGAACCAGGAGGCCACAGUGCCGCCGACCGAAGCUCCCUCCUCCGUCUCGCCUUCUGAAGAGCCGCCGCCCGUCACCGAGUCGACGACGUCAACAGCGGUCACCACGACAGUUCGACCUUCCGUUUUCACUGACCUGGCUAACGUUUUCUUUAAUACGUCUAGCCCUGUAUUUUGGCUAGCCUUAAUGUCUCCAGUCGUUGUGAUGCUCUCGCUGAUCGUCGGCAUGACCAGAUACGUCGCGCCGAUUUUCAGAUCGAGUAGCCACUACGUGACAGAAAAAACGAUUGAACACCCCUACGACAUUAUCAUCGAAAAACCAAAGUUAAGACCCACGACGAAAAAGCCACCUAAGAGGAAAAAGAAAAAGAAACAUUAGCAAUUUAAUAUUUAUUAAUAUGAAAUUAAUGUAAUUGAUUUUAGAUGGCUGUAGAUAUUGUAGAGUCAAAACUGAAAUUGAUUAUACUGGUAAUAACGGGGCGCCUUCAAUCAAUAGAGUGAAGAAAUGCUUUUGUUCUAAUGCGAUCAGUUUCAUAACAAGUAAAGUUUAAUAUUAUACAUUUUCCUUUUGUGAUUUAUACAUAAAUUGCCAACAUGUUGACUAUAAACGAAAUUAUAUUUCUUUUUGGUUAAAAAUUUGUCAGAACUUUUGAUUGUAGCUUAUAAAAAUUCCAUACUCCGUGUAUCAUAUUUCAUAUUACUGGCUUAUU